AUGACGUCAGUUCGCCUUCAGCCGCUCAUAAACGCGGUGGUGUGUUUACAGACCGCCGGACACUUGGAGAUCCGGCUCGCUGAGAGCAUGUGGAUUGACAGCCUGUUGGAUUACACCAUGAGGAAGAGCUGCGAAACUCGGGGCCAGCAAGAUGCUCCUCCUCAGUACUACAGCAGCAGGCAGACACUGGUGGGAUCACCGUGUUUUGAGCAGACGCACAUCCCAGAUGCCAACAAUACUGACGGGAGCCAGCUGUUCUUUGUUGGCCUGCCCUCCAGCUACAGUCUGCCCUCUCUGGAGCCCCCGCUAGCCAGGCUGCCCUCCUACGAGAGUGUCCGAAAAAAAGAUCGCCAGAGGCAGAUCCACAUGAUGAUAGCGGACCGUUUUGGCCUCAAUGGACCCAUUGAGACGGAGAGUUCUUCAGUACUGGAGCACAUCUGCAACCAGGACGAGAUUUGGCCAACCUCACUCUGCUGGGUCUUUAUUCUCGAAUGGGCUUCCAUGUUAGAGAGAAAGAAAAGGCCCAUGCAAACUGAUGGCUGGCCAGAAACCAAUGGUAAAAAAACAUGCGAUCUGGUCGACCAGCAGGACGUGCACAAGGCUAAGUUAAGCCUCCUCGAAUGGAUUAAAGAGCUGAGAGCACAGCCUGAGCAAAGCGUUUGGCCUGGGGAAACGGUGACAAAUGUUCUGGAGGACUUGAGGUCAGCUUGGCGUUGGGGCCGGGUGCCAAACCUUUUGAGUGCCAUGGAGCUGGUUUUGUGGACUUUGAUGCUCGAGAAUUCAGAUAAGGAUACCAUACCGCAGCAGUGGUUGAUGUGGAAACAGAAGACAAAGAUUGGUGCAAUAUCUUACAUUCCUCAACCAGUGUGGGACUGGAUCACAAAUGCUGCAGUGGAAGUGACUCUAAACCACGACACAGCCAAUCCUGAUCUUCUCAUCUCAGGAGAUGAUAAGAGGAUGCGCUGCGGCUUGGAGAGGAAAGAUAUUCCCAACUACCACCAGCGAUUUGAUGGCUGGUGGUGUGCUGUUGGAAUGGUCGGGUUUGAAUCGGGCCGCUAUUAUUGGGAGGUAGAGGUGGGUGAGCGAGACUGGCGGCUAGGCGUAGCCAAAGAGUCCGCUCUGAGGAAAGGAUUUAAGUCCCUCAACACUGAUACUGGUUACCUGACCCUACGUCUGGAAAGGGGCACUGAGCUUAAAGCACUCACAGUGCCCUUCACAGCCCUCCCACCAGGUCUCAUCCCUCGAAAAGUGGGUGUCUACCUUGACUACGAUGGCGGCCAGCUGUCCUUCUAUGAUGUGGACCGUCGUGUUCACAUAUACACAUACAACGAGAGCUUCGAUCAAAUGCUCUACCCACUGUUUGGUACAGUGGAGAUUGCUGAUGAUCUAGUGAUAAGGACCCCUGAAGCAAACACCCAAUGUCUCUGUGCCACAUCCUGCCUGUGGGGUUAA